UCGGUCUCCAGCGCGGAGCUGUUCGGCCGGACGCGACGGGGCGGGCGCCCGGGAACCCGGCGCCGAACCUCCCGCCCCGCGCGCCGAGCCGGCGAGGGACCUCCGACCAGGGUCAGGAGCCGCGGCCGCUCCGGUGAGAUGCAGAAGCAGAGGCACGGAGCGGUGAGGCCACCUGCCCACGGUCACAGAGCUGCUAAGUGAAGUAGCAGGGAUUUGAACCCAGAGCAAAUUGGAAUGAAGGACCCUUGACUUUUGUAACUUCUUGGGUUACAGCCCCAGAUAGGUGCUGUGACUGCCUCCGUUAAGAACAAGGCUCUGCAAAUUCAGACUAAAGGGUACUGGCUGAUAAUGCUAUUUGCGCCAGUUGGAUUUCAGCGCAGCUUUGAAGGUGUUUGAGCCCAAGGCAGCUGGUGACCAAUUUCAGACCCUGCUGAUAGUCCCCAGUGCUGGGAGCAGAGAAGAGCCAGGACAUCCAAAGCAGAUAACACAGAGGAAAAAGCACUGGAUCAGCAUUCAGAAGAUUUCCAGUUCACACUCCUGUCCCUCCACAGAACUGGCCGUACGAUCUCAGCCAGCUCAGACUUCACAGACGAAUCAAGCCUCCUGACCGGAGCGUGGCUUCUGUCCCUUCUCCGCGGGCUCGGCCCAGACGUACCCGUGUCUUGGCUGGGUUAGGGUCUCGAGGCCCCUCAUCUUGGCCUCCUCAGAGGCUCACCCUCUCUCCUGCCUCCAGAGACCACUUCCUUGGCUGCAGGCCGCCCAGCAACCUCUGGGAAGAUGAGUGGCUGCGGGAGGAAGGCCCUGACCCUGCUGAGCAGCGUCUUUGCUGUCUGUGGCCUGGGUCUCCUGGGCAUCGCAGUCAGCACCGACUACUGGCUCUACCUGGAGGAGGGCGUGGUCCUGCCCCAGAACCAGAGCAUGGAGAUCAAGAUGUCCCUGCACUCGGGCCUGUGGCGUGUCUGCUUCCUCGCAGGUGAGGAGCGGGGACGCUGCUUCACCAUAGAGUAUGUGAUGCCCAUGAACACUCAGUUGACAUCAGAGUCCACGGUCAAUGUUCUAAAGAUGAUUCGCUCGGCCACACCGUUCCCCCUGGUCAGCCUCUUCUUCAUGUUCAUUGGGUUUAUCCUGAGCAACAUCGGACACAUCCGUCCCCACAGGACAAUACUGGCCUUUGUCUCUGGCAUCUUUUUUAUUCUCUCGGGCCUCUCUCUGGUGGUGGGCCUCGUGCUCUACAUCUCCAGCAUCAACGAUGAGAUGCUCAACAGGACCAAGGACUCAGAGACCUAUUUCAACUACAAGUACGGCUGGUCCUUCGCCUUCGCUGCCAUCUCGUUCCUUUUGACAGAGAGCGCGGGGGUGAUGUCCGUGUACCUGUUCAUGAAGCGGUACACCGCCGAGGACUUGUACAGGCCCCACCCCGGCUUCUACCGGCCUCGCCUGAGCAACUGCUCUGAUUACUCAGGCCAGUUCCUACACCCGGACGCCUGGGUCCGGGGCCGCAGCCCCUCCGACAUCUCCAGUGACACCUCCCUGCAGAUGAACAGCAACUACCCAGCCUUGCUCAAGUGCCCCGACUAUGACCAGAUGUCAUCUUCCCCCUGCUGAGCCUCGUCACCUUCCUCCCUGGACUGUGGACAGCCAGAUAGCCCUUCCCGUGCUCCCCUGAUGGCCUGUGAGCCCCAGGCCCUUGGUUGCCAGACCCAGGCUGCCCCCGCGCGCUUCGCUGUUGUCACUUGACCCACGUUGUCUCCACAGCUUCCCCCAGAGUAGCUCUAACUGCCCCAGGGUGGGUGUCAGGGAGUCUGGAGCCAGCAGGCAAGCUGAUUGGCUGAGAGCAUGGGUGUAGCCCCGCCUCUUGAGUGCCAAUCACUGGCUGUUCCAGCUGUGUAUUUGUCCCUACACACCCAACUCCAUGGCCCCAGGCCGAGUUCUUUACACAGACCCAGCCGGACUUGUGUGCCUGCCAACUAGCCUGGCCCUCCUGCUCAUGAUCUGGGCCAUCAGGCCAAAAAGGUGACUCUCCUAUGGAGGUCUGGCCGGUUCAGCAUUGCCAAACAGUGUUCCUUGUGAAAUCCUUUAUCCUUGUUGGUUACCCACACCAGUCCAUACAGCACACCUUCCUGGGCUCUCCCCUUCCCUCUGCCCCAUAAGCUGUGAAUCUCCCCUCCUCUCCUCCCACCAGGACUCAGCUGCCCCGGCCUUGGUCCCCAAGGGGUCCAGAGUGGGUCUGAAGCCACACUGAUGAAGUCACAAGGAGGUGUUAAUGGCUGAUGAUGUCUUAAUAUGUAUGGCCCCUACAACAUAUUCAGCAGGGGUCUUUAAUGCCUUAACCCAAGAAGUGACUCUGACAAGGAGAAUUUCAGACUUUGGCUGGUCCGAGUUAGUAUCAUCAGGCACUGUUUCAGGCCUGGGGGAUACUGUCCCUGCUCACAUGGGCAGUAUUUCCUGUCCAAAGCCCUGAAAUCUAACCAUGUAGAUACACGUCUCUAUCACCUAAGUAGAAGGCAGCUUUCAAAGAGGCUGCCUGGGAUCUGGAGCUGGAUUUGCCAACACUUGGUGCAUUUUGAGUCAAAAACAAGCCAGCCUUAGAAUAAUCUGGAUGCCCAUGAAUAUAUGGGGGUUGUCAUUUAAUCCUAGUACAGGGCAGUAUCUGCUUCCCGGACUGGGGACAUAUGUAGAGAGCCAGAUGCUUCCAGAAGAUGAGGCAGGGUGAUGCCCAUUUUCCUAGUAGCAAACCUGAGCUGGGAGGUACCAAGCACUUUCCAUGAAGUCCGCAGGAUUGGUGGAAGGGCCACUGCAGGACGUGACCCGCCCCCCCGCCCCCAGUUCUCCAGGCAAGCUCUCAGUGUGUGCAUUUCCAGUUAUGAGAUUAUGAGUAGCAAAACAAGGCCGGGCUCUCCGCUGUGUGUUUUUAGCACACCAGCUUUUCUCUCUUGCUCUUGCUCUCUAAGAUAGCAUUAGGUUCCAGGGUCACAGAGCCACCGCGGGCAACACUUGGGCUCUGGAAAGCUCUACAGAAGACCACACCUCCAUGUGUACGGACUUGGACAAGAUAGUCCUUAGUUUUCUAGAGCUGCCAUAACAAAAUGCCCCAACAAGAGACAUUUCUUUCCUCACGGUUCCGGAGACCAGAAGUCAGAGAUCAAGAUGGCCACAGACUGGCUUUCUUCCGAGGCCUCUCCUUGGCUUGCAGAUGGCGUGUCCUCACACGGUCUUUUCCGUGCUUGUGUGCAUGCCCUGGUGUCCACGUUCCCUCUCACCAGGACACCAGUCAGAUCAGAUUAGAGCCCAUCCUCAGAGCCUCAUUCAUCCCCUGUUUAAAGGCCCUGUCACAUUCUGAGCUUCUGCAGGUGAGGGCCUCAACAUAGGACUUGGGGAGGGAGGUGCAUGCAGUUCAGCAGGUACAGGCAGGUCACUUCAUAGCUGGGUUAUUCCACUUGCUUCACAGCACAGUAGAGGGGAAGAUGAGAGAAGCUGAAUGUGGUCCCAGUUUAGCCAUCACCUGAAAGCAUGGAUCUUUGGGCAACCCCAUCUGCUCUGAGGGGCUUGGCCCAAAUUAUCCCCAAGCCACUCCCUCCCACACACCCGCCCCCAACUCUAGUGAUUCAGCCUUGUGUAGAAAGCUCCAGGUUGCCAUCAAAUGUGACAUUUCAAUCCUUGCCUCGAAACUGAUAGCGACCGUAAACCCAACCCAACUUCCCAGGCCAUUGGCACCUUAAAAUGACUGCCGUACUCUGGUUAACUGUUCACAGAAUGAAACGGAAACCACGUUCUCCUCCACAGCAAAGGAAUCGGUUAACGUACGUACAGACUCAGUAGGCGGCAUUUCCAAACUGGACGGUUUAGUUUAGAUGUGCUCUUCUCCUGUUUUGGUCAAUGUAAUUACCCUCCUAAAAUGCACUUUUCUGUCCCUUAAGCUCCCUUUCUCUGUCUCUGUGCCAGGCUUGUGUGUGUGUACAAGGAAAAAAAUAGAACCCACUCCUAGACACGA